UAGUGUGCUCAAAGUUCCUGUAACUGCCAUAAAGUUUUUAGGAAAUACUCUUAUUGCAGGUCGGUUGCUAUGAGAGUGAUGUAGAUUACGCACAUUGAUUUUGUUGAUGUUGACAUCGAUCUAUAAUUCUAAAUUACUAGGAGAAGGACCUUACGUGAAGCUGUUUGAUGUAGAAAAUGAUACUAUGCAGUGCAGAUUGCUUGUUCUGCCAGGGAGACGGAUCCACGGGAUUUGCUUGUCAACUACUUGUAGUGCAGGUGUGACCUUCAUUGCACUGUAUGGACAAAAUAACAUUCAGAUGGUUCAAUUUACUGAAGAUGGGAAGAGGCUUUCUAAACUCGGAGAGAUGUUAAAGUUUUCAGAUUGGAUUUUGGAUGUUCAAUUGCUGUAUGAGAAUCCUGAGAAUGUUACUUUUCCAGACUGCUUGGCUGUUGCUAUGGCACAUAACCAGGUAACUUUAUGGAAUUGGAAAGAUCAAACAACAGUAGCACAAAUUAACUGCGAAGUUCACUGCAUUUUGUAUUCUUGUAGGUUUUAUGGCAGUCAGUCUGAUGCUUUGUGGUGUGCAUCAGGAACUGUCUUCAAUGACAUUUUACUUUGGCCGCUUGCAGGUCGUGAAAUGAAUGCAACAGUUGCUGCUCGCUUGCAGGGGCAUGAGGGUGUCAUAUUUUCAAUUCAAUUCAGUAAGAAUGGAGAUAUGCUUUGUUCGGCUUCUGAUGAUCGCAGUAUUCGCCUCUGGAACAUCACUGCUGUUCUAAACAAUAAAGGAACAAAAGAAAUUGGUCAGUUGCCAAGCCUUGUGUCAGUCUUGUAUGGUCACACAGCAAGAGUAUGGGAUGCCCAGUUUGUCUCCAAUUAUGUUGUCAGUGUUGGUGAGGAUGCAACAUGUCGUAUAUGGGAUUCUACAUCACAGAGACUCUGUUUGCAUACGUUUACGGGUCACAAGGGUCGAGGUAUAUGGAGCUUAGCAGUAAAUGAAACUCUUCAAAUAGCUGCAACGGGAGGUGGAGACACAAGCAUUCGAUUGUGGUCUUUGAAGGAUUUCAGUAAAGAGGCUGAGCAAUCCAGUGUGAGUUCACAUCUUCCAGUAACUGACAGUGUGGACAGUCUUGAUGAUUUUCCUCGAUUGGUCAAACUUAUUGAUGUUAAUACUGCUGUUGUCUUCUCAAACAUUGGGUUGGUAAUUAAGCACAGUAUAGGAAACAUUUAUGUGUGCAAGUCUGAUGGUUUGAACUUGCAAGAUUGGACCUGUAUUAGACAAGAAGCCUCCUAUGCAUCAUACAGUGUUGCAGCAUUGUCACCAAAUCACAAUAAGUUUGCUGUUGGCAGCCUUGAUGGAAGAAUCAAGAUAAUAACCAUUGAUACAGGUGAUGUAGCAAAGGAAUGGCAGGCGUAUGAUGGGAAAGUUUUCAGCUUGAUAUGGGAUAAAGAGGAGACCUUAUACUCAACAGGACCACAUGGAGAUGUGAUUUGUUGGAACAUGGCCUCAGCAAUGAAACUCUCAAUUUCUGAUAGUCUGUUCAAAUGUUUUCUUCCUUUGAGCAAACAUUGUUGGAUCACUGCAGUGGCUGUACUACAUCUAGAAACAAGAGUCAGUCCAUUUGAUGAUUCAAUGAUUUUAAUGUGUGGAGACCGAAGUGGGUCUGUCCAUCUUUAUCGUGUGUCCACAACUAAAUCACAUCAUUUCACUCCGCACCAGUCAUUUCAUGGACUUCAUGGCAAACACGGUGUGUCCCACAUCUGCACACAUGAUGAUCACAUCUACUCAGCUGGGAGAAAUGGGGUGUUUAUACAGUAUGAAUUCAAGGAUGACCAAUUAGUUGUGAUAGAUAAAAAGAGGCCUAUCAAGGGCAUGCACUGGAUUGAGCAAAUUUUCUUUACAAGCAGAUCAAAGAAUGUCCUGGUUAGUGGAUUUCAUUCUACGGAUUUUGUACUGUUGAAUUGGAAAACUGGGGAAACAAUACUUAAGUGUUAUUGUGGUGGAGCACACAGGGCAUGGGACUUUCACAUGAAUGAUGACUUUUCAUUGGCAACAUUUGCCUUUAUAAAGGGAAAAGAACUGCACAUUGUACAGAAACAACUGGACAAAAGACCCGUGCUACAGGAGCCGUUUCAUGGUCGGGAAGCUGUUAGUAUGUGUAUCUUACAAGAAGAUAAUGAAACUGCACAGGCUGUUAUAGCUACUGGCAGUGAAGAUUGUGACAUCAUGUUGUGGAAAUUUGAUCCUCUGUUGGACCAUUUACAGCCCUUGAUGUCAUGUCCUGGACAUGUCUCUAGUGUAAGGACACUGUCUGCUAUUCCAUUUGAUCAAGGGGGAAGUUUAGUAUUAUUUUCUGGUGGUGGGAGAGCUUCUCUAAAGUGCUGGUAUCUGGAAGUUUGUGUCUCUUUGAAAGUUUCAGAGGCAGUAUGUCAUAGUGAAAGGUCUUCCACUUGUGUUCGUGCCCACAAUGUGACAGAAUUGAAUUCUCCUCUUUACCGGCAUCAUCGCAAACCCAAACAAAGUGAUGAAUCUGAAAGUCGGGUAAUGUCUUUGUCAUCUUUUGACUCAGCUUGUUUGGAUUGCAACAGAACGAUUGGUGAUGGAUAUAUCGUUAUAUCUGGCUGGUCUGAUGGAUGUAUUAGGUUCUACCACUUUUCUAAAGAGAGGAAAACUCUCACACAUUUGAUGGAACUGCCUUUUCACAAUCAUUGCAUUAUGUCUGUUACUCACUUGGUUCAUAGCCUUGAGGAAGAGAGGCGUGGUUGGUUAGUGGUUGCAUUUACAGCUGCAACUGAUGGACGUAUUGCAGUGUGGAACUGCCAGGAUCUUCUGUCAAACGGAGCUUCUCAUUUUGUGUGUUCACCAAAUGAAUCAGAUAACGGUCAACACGAUCCAAUCUCAGUGUACAGUGCACAUCAAUCAGGAGUUAAUGACAUCACUGUUAGCAGACACUCAGGUUUAGGUGGGUGGCUUUUGGUGAGUGGUGGAGAUGACAAUUCUUUGUAUGCCUCUCUGCUGGAAACAUGUCUAAAGUCUACAACAGCAACACUGGUACCCAUUGCUAGUGGUUCAAAUCUUGAUGCACACCAUUCAUCUAUAACUGGAGUUCGAAUUGACCAUAUUGGCUACAUUGUUUCUGUAUCUGUUGAUCAGACCAUCAGGAGAUGGAGUGUUGCAAUUCAUGACCAGGUUGUCAGCUCUGUAUACGGCCCUGUAAAGACACUAAGAUGGAACUUGGUUCAAUCUUGUUUUACCAAUGUAGCUGAUGUCUCUGCUAUUAUACUCCUACCAAGAGGGCAUGUAGGAGUGUGUGGAGUUGGCAUUGAAGUAAUUAAAUGGCAGCCAGAAAAUUGCAGUGAGAACAUCAACUAAAGACAGACUUCAGUAAUUGUAACACUUUGAAAGACGUUAUGGUUAGAAGCAAUUUAUUAUUUAUUUAAUAGCUGAACAAUAUAGUACAUGUAUUAUUCAAUAAUUGCACUUUAAAGUUGCAAUUAUAUUACUGUAUAU